GUAUCUUGAUUACAAAAAAAAUAUAAAGUACUGAUACUAUAUUUUAUAAAAAUGCAUUUUUCUAUACCAGAUACGCAAGACUUUAUUGAUGCAGCUGGUAAUACAUACGUGGGUUACAACAUUCAUAUAAAUGGAUUAUUUCAUUGUACUGUGAGAUAUAAACAACUAUAUAGCCUUCAUGAGCAGUUAGCAAGAGAUUUGGACAUAUCACUUCCAUCAUUUCCACCUAAAAAGUUCUUUCCUUUAACAACAAGUCAGCAAGAAGAACGUCGUCUUUCUUUGGAAAAAUAUAUCCAAGCUAUUGGACAAAAUCCAGUUGUUAAUAAUUCAGGAAUGUUAAAUGGAUUUUUAUUAAAUGCACAGCAAGAAACUGUUGGAGGGCCAUCUAAUCAUGAACUUAUGGAUGUUUUUCUUAUGAAUGGUUGCAAAAUAACAAUAAAUGUUUCUACAGGGGAUCAUUCUGGUAGUGUUCUGAAGAAAGUAUACAAGCAUCUUAGGUUGUUUGAUAAAUAUUAUUCUUACUUUGCAUUAUUUAUUGUUGUUCAAGAUGAAGCAAAUAGUGUUCACUUACUGCGGAAAUUGCAAAACUUUGAGUCCCCUUUUGUAACAAUUAAACAUCUACAUAUUAUAGGAAGUAGAGUAGUACUUGGAAAAAAUUACUGGGACAUAGGAUAUGAUUUCAAAUUGAUGAACAAUGAGGUGGCAAUGAAUUUAUUAUAUAUUCAAGCAGUUGCUGAAAUUCAAUGGGGAUGGAUUUCUAUUACGGAUGAAUUGAAGAAUCAAUUGACUGUUUUACAAAAACAUGGAAAGAAAAAAGAGUAUCUGGAUAUAGCACGUACAUCAAAGUAUUAUGGAUAUAUUCAGUUUACUCCAUGCCUUUGUGAUUAUCCUCAUCCAGAUUCAAAGGUGUUAGUCGCUAUAGGUAGAAAUGAAUUGAAUUUGCGUAUAUUAUCCGAUGGCGAACAAUGUGAAGAAGUAUUUAAAGUUUCACGAAUGCGUUGUUGGCGUAUAACUACAUUACAGAAUGGGCCGGAAAGAGGAUGUGAAGAAAGUGACGAAUUUAGUUUAGAGUUGUCUUUCGAAUAUUUAAUAGCUAAAAAUCAAUUACAAUGGGUUACAAUUACUUCGGAACAAGCUAUUUUAAUGUCUGUAUGCUUGCAAGCUAUGAUUGAUGAAUUAUUAUCAAAGACUGUUGACAAUAAUAAGAGUCAGGAAGUAUCUCAAAAAUCUUGGACUUAUGUUAUGAGAGAUGGGCAAAGUAUUACAAUAGGAUCAAGCUCUAAUGAAGAAACUGAAGAAACUAAAAAGAAUCGUUGUAUUAAACAACCUCCUAAAUCAGAACCAAUUAUGAAGAAACUUGCGGAUAGAUUAUCGGUAGUAAAAAUUAAAAAAUCCAGUGAUGUGAAAAGUAACACAAGGGACAAGGUUGAAGGAAAACCAACAUUGGAAUACGAUAUUAUGGAAAAUAAUGCAUUUCGUAUGAUCGGCGAUGAUGACUUAUGAACACAUAAAUUGGAAUUAUGAAUUGAAAAAUAUUUCGAAAAUACCUCAAACUUUUAAUAUCAUAUUAACCCAUAUUUUUGCUACUUUUAUUCUUAAUGCUUAAAUAAUGUAAAAUAUAAA